CCCCCGCCUCAGGCGCCGCCCAAGACAUGGCGCGCCCGCCGGAAGAACUACCUGUUGAAUGUGCAACGGGCCAAAUACCUCGAUGAGUUGUGGGGCGAUUGUACAUUUUUGAUGAAAUUUUUCACCUACUUCAUGUUAUUGGAACGGUGUGUGUUGGCACAGGUGUGCAAAACUUGGGAAACAUUGUUAUACAGUGAUCAACGGUUUUGGAAACACUUAAUGCCAGUCAUAUUGUGUAAUGAAUUAAGACGCGAAAAAUCGUUGCCAACUCUACCGGAAUCUGUAGGAAACACAAGGAAUCAAACGGAUGUCACAAACCAUAUGGCAGUGGACGGAGAGGACAAUAACAAUACACUUGUGGUCACAACUAAUGAUAAGACCAUUGAGGAAAUCAAAGCCAAUUUAUACUACAGUAUAGACAUCCGAGGGUUUGACUCCAUUUGUAUGUUUGGCGCCAGUGAUGGAGAUAUAGUGGACUUCACGGCCCGCACCCGACCCUCACUACUGAACCGCUUGGCAUCG